CGAGGAUGAUGCGUGAUGAUGCUCUGCUUGGCUAAUAACGGAUGCUGAGCUGCAUCCCGCCCCCAUGCCCCCCCAUACGAAUGCUGCUCCAUGGUGCCAACAGACGGACAUUAUUACACGGCCGAAGAAAACAACAGCCAGCCUCCAUCACCAGGGUUGAGAUCAUCUCCAGUGUAGGUGGGUGUUAAUGAGUGCCUCCAUGGCAAACAGGGGACCAAGCUAUGGGCUCAGCCGUGAGGUCCAAGAGAAGAUUGAACAGAAGUAUGAUCCGGCUUCGGAGGCUCGGCUUGUGGAAUGGAUUGUGGUCCAGUGUGGCGACGACUUGGAGCGACCUGAACCUGGCAAACAGAACUUCCAGAAAUGGCUCAUGAGUGGAACUAUUCUCUGCCGGCUCAUCAACAGUCUGUACCCCAGAGGUCAGGAGCCAGUUAAGAAAAUCACAGAAACUAAAAUGGUCUUCAAGCAAAUGGAAAAGAUCUCUCAGUUCCUGCAGGCUGCUGAAGAAUACGGUGUCAACAGAGGAGACAUAUUCCAAACUGUUGAUCUUUGGGAAGGAAAGGACAUGGCUGCAGUCCAGAGGACACUGACGGCCCUGGGAAGUGAAGCUCUCACGAAGGAUGAUGGACACUACCGUGGAGACAAAGACUGGUUUCACAGGAAAGCCAAGGUCCACAAGAGGGAGUUUUCUGAGGAGCAGCUGCGUCAGGGCCGCAGUCUCAUCGGCUUCCAGAUGGGAAGCAACCGUGGAGCGUCUCAGUCUGGCAUGGCAGGGUACGGCACCCCACGGCAAAUCAUGCGGCAUGACUCUCCUCGAGACAACGGCCAUCAGAGCAAUCCCUAAACACUACACACUUCUGUAUUUAAAACCUCCACUGGAGCCCAAAGCCAAAUCCAGAGCUCCAGAUGUAGGAGGAAUGUGUACAUGUGUGUGUGUGUAUUUAGAGUCUCACACCAGUCCUAGAAUUACACACAUCAGAGUUGUCCCUUUACCCACAAUGCACCAGUGCCAGCUGUUAUCAUCUCUCAGCCAAGAUCCAGAGCAAGGCCAAAAUGUUUAAAUUGAAUAUAGUUUGACAGAUGAAAUGUGCAUCUCUCUGAAGGUGUAUCCCUUUUAGAAUGAUAUAAACUGACAAUCAGAUACUUGAAUGUCUAAUGUCCAUUUACAAUAAUGCAUUUGGCCAAUGCUUUUACCCAAAACAAAUUAAAAGUCCAUUUACUUUUGUGUCUUGUGAAUCAAACCCAUGUCAUGGUGGGUUGAUUGAGUGCAUGCUGUGCAAAAGAAAAGUCUAUUUCUACUUAAAGCCAUAUGUAACCAGUCAGUAUGAUUGAUGUAUACUGUCUAACUAUAAACGUUCCUGUUCCCGCAGAAUACACCAAACUAAUCGACUCAUCCUAUAAUGUCUUCACUAACUGUCAUGGUUGUGCUAACAUUUCUGAUGUCAAUGCAAAUAACUGAUGCUAUACAUUCCAGUGAGAAAAGAAAGAAAACUGUACUUAAGAGUCUGUAUAGAGUAAAACGGAAAAAAAAAAUGGUGGUAUUUAUGAAAAGUGAGUUCAAAUGCAGCUAUUUUCAACCUUUGUUAAUUUUAUGCAUUGACUAACAUGCAUGUCAAGUAAAUGUGCUUCUGAUGCGAAGAUUAUACUGCAGAUUAUAUAUAUAUAUAUAUAUUUAUUGAAGUUUAAUGAUUGUAGCCACACAGUACCUUUGACAAUCAAAAUAGUUUAUAAUUGUCACGACUGAAACGUUUGGCUGUUUAGUUCAGUGUUUCAUUUAAAGUUUGUGGUUUGAUCUCCUUUUAAUUGAUCAUCUUUACCAUCAUUUAAAUAUUCCUGAUUGUUUUUUUAUUUAGUAAAUGUAUUAGUUUACAUUUAUUGGAAUGUAGUGAUUUUUUUUAUUUAAAAUUGUUUGACUUUAGAAAAGAAAGGACUAGACAUUAAGAAGAUACUAGUGUACAUUUUUAAAUGUGUGCACAAAUAUCUAUUAUCUAUUAAUUCGAUAAUUGUUGCAAAUCUUACAAUUCACUGGUAGUUAAUUAUGUGUGUGUGCAAAGUAAACUUCACAAGACCAUUUUGUGUUUGAAUUGGAACAUCUUCGUCUAUUGGCAAAAAUGAUAAUACAUGUCACAAACAUGAUCAACUAUUGGCAAAUGUGCCUCAAUAUACAAACCAUUGCACAUCCAUUUAAUUCUGAGCUUCACAGACACAAGCUGCCAGGUGUAAUGCAUUGGUUUGUGGUCAGAUCCAUUUCUAACGUCUAUUCAACUGAUGGAAAAUUGUGCACGCAUACAUAACCAUUUCAGAUGGUGAUCAGUGCGAUGUCAGAGUAAACCUGCACACACACACACACACAGCUCUUCAUGAGAGAUCAUGACCACUGGAGAGGCUUGCUUAACUAAAGGUAACCUGCUUUUAUCAAAAAUGAAUUGUAGACACUUGCAUGUAGGUGACAGUAAACAAACUUGAGUUUAUUUCGAAACGCUCUCCUUCAGCUGAUAUACAUGUUCGUUCUGCUUACUGUCAAACAUCCAAACCAUCACAAUGGCUUCACAAUUUUGUCCACACACAUCUGUCGCUCACACACUCACUCACUCUCGUAGCUCUCUGAAAAACAAAAGAUCUGAACAGAAAGAAUAUUGAAACUAAGAGGAAUGAAAACAAAUAAAAACAA